GUUACGGUAUUUGGCUUUCCCAGCAGACUUGCUCCAGCUGUGCGACAGCAGCUGGAAGCUCUUUGCGGGCCCAUCGUGGAGGUCUGCUAUGGAGAUGGAAACUUCGUCCACGUAUGCUUCGCAAGCUCGCAGGCGGCGAGCGCCUGCUUGGGAUUAAACGGACAACUCCUGCUGGCCAAGGUGAUGGUUGGCUGUGUCCCAUGCACUCAUGCAGCCCUCCUUUCGGGUGAGAGCGCCGAGCAUGAG